AUGGCAGUCCCGGUGUUUUGCAAUGCGUGUUUCCGACAGCCCCAAAAGGCAACCCCCAGGUUCGGCCUCACCAACUGCGGCCAUGUUUUCUGUGAGCUUUGUCUCCGGAAAGGCAAAGAUAAUGAAUGUUUGAUCUGUAGAGCUGCUUGCCGUACAAUAUUUCUUUCAAAACAGACAAAUACUGAUAUUCAAUCACUGUUUAUGGGAGUAGAAAUGCUGUGCAAGAAAUACUCAAGAGAAAUUACCCAGAUUUCAGAAUUUCAAGAAAGACACAGAAGAAGGUUAUUAGCGUACUACAGAGGAAAGAUUGCAAAGUUGGAAGAAUCUCUAAAGAAGGCAAUGCAACAAAUACAUCCAGCACAAUGUAUCAGACCUCAACAAACUGCUAGACCAUCAGUGUCCGCUCCAGGUAGAAAUCCAGUUGCUAUUUCUUCAGCAAAACAGAAUGCAUUUUCUUCAUACUCUCUUCAUCUCAAUCACCCAUCAACCUCUGAAAUUGGGGAGGAGAUGGAGAUUGAUCCUGGAACUUUCCCAGUGAAGAAACUUGAGACAGUGACUGGUCCAGCAAGAUUGUCAUUGAUAAGCCCCCCUCAAGGUGGACGUAUGGGUAGUGUUUCCCACAAAGGUUCUCAAUCAGCUGGACUAGCAGCAAGUCAGAAUAGCAUACCAGGCUCUGUAAGGUCAACACCACUAAGAAUACCGUAUAAUGGAUGUUCCUUUACUCCUACUUAUGGAUCACAGAGUAGUAGGCUGGGCAUGUGGGAUACUCCCAGUUCCAGAACUCCUCAGCGGUAUCCAUUUACACCACCUUCCUCACAGUCAUCUGUAACAAGACCACCAAUCACCAUCGCCAGUCUUCUGCAGAGGCAACAUCUAGGAUCUACUAAUCUUGGAGGACAUUCUGUAGAAAGAUAAGCACUUGGCUGAUAUCUAUAUUGUUUGGUAAGCAGCUGGAGAAGUCCUCCACCGGUUUGGCAAUCUCAAACAGAACAUGUAAUUUCUAUACACAUCAGACUAGAAUAAGAUUACAAAUUAUACAGCUUAAUGAAAGCAUUCUUUAAGAUAUGACCAAUAUUGUUAAUUAAU